GUUAGCGGGGUGGUAUGAAUCGAUGUAAAAUUUGCCUGAGCUAGACUAAAAAGUUAAUAUAUUCAAGCAUUUGUGUGGGAAAUACUGUAUUUGCUAAGAAUGAAUUGCAGAAUAACAAAUACAACGAAAACGCCAUGACACAAACGCUGACAUUGGUAAUCUCUUUUCACCCGGACUACCUUUCUCCAAGAGCUGUCAGAGGCUUGUUGCACGUCAAGCCGUAGCGUUAGUGUAAAGUAACAGCAGGGGAAAUUAAAGUCGCAUUUGAUUUAGUUAAUUAAUUUUAUUUUACGCUACGGGAAUUGUCGAUUUUAGCCAGCCUUAAUGCAAUACGAACGAAUACGGUUUGCCAUGUUCACUUAGUUUAAGUAUUGUUUUUAGUGCCGCGGGCCCGAUUUGGCAUCUUGGUAGUGUGAAACUAGGAACAGAUCGUCGUGAUGAGGUCUCGGACAUAAAGUGCCUUGUCUGACCGCGCUCCUGCUCGAGGCAGCCGAGCGGUUGGCGCUUCGCCUCCACGCCCGUGUCCCGGCCCGACCCGCCACAGGAAGGGGAGACCUCAAGGCUCCACCCUCGGCCCGCUCUGCUUUUAUUUCGGGCCGGCCCCUGCUCUGGAGAGCGCUUCAAUCGGGAAGCACAAAGGAGGCCGAGUGUUGGGGAGGCAGAGAGCUUACGCGGUGCGGGCGAGCUCUACGCCCCGUCCCGCCGAACCUGAAGCAGCAGAGGAAGGGGCGGAGUCACUCGGGCCAUCUGCGGAAAGGGCACGCCCCUGAGCAUGCCCCUCUGCCCUCUCCCCCUCAGAGAUCUGCACCCUGGGAGGACUGAGUGAUCAACAACGGGGCGAUUCGCUUCCUGAUUGGCCAGCCUCCUGCCCCCCGCCCCCUCCCCAUGGUGCCGUUGCACUGACAGGAGAGAUCCUGCAGAGAGACCUUCGCUUCGGCUUGGCCUUCCUCAGCUGGAUGUGUGGCGCCCCCUAGGCCUUGUGUGUGAGAAGCGCAGCCGAUAGCUCCACCCCCUCCCCCUCUCCCCAGCGAAGCCUUCGGUGGCUCGGCUUCAGCAUGACACUGAACAUGUCCUCCAUACGGGACACAAAAUGGCUGACUUUGGAGGUGUGCCGGCAGUUCCAGAGAGGCACGUGCUCCCGCAGCGAUGAGGAAUGCAAAUUCGCACACCCGCCCAAGAGCUGCCAGGUGGAGAACGGCCGAGUCAUCGCCUGCUUCGACUCUCUGAAGGGCCGGUGCACGAGAGAAAACUGCAAGUACCUGCACCCCCCGGCCCAUCUGAAGACGCAGCUGGAGAUUAACGGCCGCAACAACCUGAUCCAGCAGAAGACUGCGGCGGCCAUGCUGGCGCAGCAGAUGCAGUUCAUGAUCCCUGGAACCAGCAUGCAGCCUGUGCCCUCCUUUCCUGUGACGCAGGGCCUGGGGACGAGCCCCGCCCUGGGCUACGCGCCGUACCUCACCCCCAUGACUCACGGGGUGGGCCUGGUCCCCACGGAGAUGCUCCCCAGCGCCCCCGUCAUGGUCCCCAGCAGCCCCCCGGUCACGGUGCAGGGGUCCUCCAACACGCAGAAGCUGCUGCGGACCGACAAGCUGGAGGUGUGUCGGGAGUUCCAGAGGGGUAACUGCGCUCGGGGGGAGACGGACUGCCGCUUUGCUCACCCUAGCGACAGCCCCAUGAUUGACACCAGUGACAACACGGUGACCGUCUGCAUGGACUACAUCAAGAGCCGCUGCUCCCGCGAGAAGUGCAAGUACUUCCACCCCCCUGCUCACCUACAGGCCAAAAUCAAAGCCGCGCAGCACCAGGCCAAUCAGACGGCUGUGGCAGCGCAGGCAGCCGCCGCAGCCAUGACUCAGUCGACUGCCAAAGCAAUGAAGCGACCCCUCGAGACAACUGUAGACCUGGCGUUCCCCCACGCUAUGCUGCAGCCUCUACCAAAGAGAGCGGCGCUGGAGAAGAGUAACGGCACCAGCGCUCUCUUCAGCCCCAGCAUGCUGCACUACCAGCAGGCCCUCGCCAACACACCCCUGCAGCAGCCUGCUGCCUUCUUCCCCACCGCAUGGCUCACAGGCUCGGUCUUGUGCAUGACUCCUGCUACCAGCAUUGUCCCCAUGAUGUACAGUGCUACGCCUGCUACUGUCUCUGCAGCUACAACUCCUGCCACAAGUGUCCCCUACGCAGCAACAGCACCAGCCAAUCAGAUCAUCCUAAAGUAACCAACAGCACAGGGACCAACAGCGCGUGUCAAGAUGCUGCACUACGGAACCCGAAACGGCCCUUCUGUAAAUACUACCUGUCCCCUUCCCUAGAGCUACAACAACCUGCAUGCUAAUAGUUUAUCACCUGAGGAUGACUCAUUAACUAUAACACUGAGUGCUGGUGUAAUAUAUACAAAAUCUGUACAUGUAUUGCUAGGAAAAUACUGACAUGUAAUUUAACACUAUCAAAACAAGCA